UUUUUUUUAAGCUAACACUUUUUAAAAACUAACUUCAAAUCACAGGAUGUGGAAAAUCCGCUUAGUCAUUUUCUAAGGACUGUAACAUGCGUAACUUUUCCUUUCGAAAUUACAAGCAGUUUCGGUUUUGGACUCAUUUCGCGUAGGAUACCUUUUUCUUGGAUUAUUUGACACUUCACUAUUCCAGAUACGAUAUGGCACGACAUUGUCUAUAUAUUCUGGCUACCUUAAUUAUUCACGGGGGUAUUUUGGGAGCAGCAUCCUAUGCGUCCAGCUACGAUCAGCAUUUGGAUCAGAGUCAGUCCAUCAGACAGAACGGUGCGAGAGUCGCUAGUAGACACAGGAACUGGUGUGCCUAUGUAGUGACAAAGGCCAUAAGCUGUGUUAUGGAAGAUGGAGUAGAGACUUACAUUAAACCCGACUAUCAGCGCUGCGGUUGGGGCCAGUGUUCUAGGGUGGUUGUAUACCGGACUUACCGAAGACCAAAGUACAAGCUUGCUUAUAAAAUGGUGACUCAGAUGGAGUGGAAGUGUUGUUAUGGUUACUCCGGCGACGAUUGCAGCGAAGGUCCCAUUGGUGGUGUAGAUAUUCAAGUCACAGCAGGCAGACCUCACACCUCACAAACUGGUUCCAGCAGAGGCAGUGAACAGAGAGGUGGAGAGGGGAGAGGUGACAGUGACAAGAUGAGACAGCUUGAGGAGAAAAUCCAGACCUUGACUAAAGAUCUUCAUGACCUGCAGUCCACCUUGCAUGGCAUGAACGAAAAACUCCACGAUGAGUCUCGCCGCACAGGCCUCAACGGUGGUAGAAACCCGGCUGAUGCUGCCCAGCCAGAGAUGAGGGAGACCAUCAACAGCAUCCAGACCAAGCUGGAUUUUCUGGACAACAUGACACAGGUACAUGACAGAACCCUCAUCAACAUCAACAACCACCUGGUAAAUGGCAACGGAAGAGGCAACGAGUUGGAUGUGUCCAGCAGUCGAUAUGUCACAAUGAAGGAAGAAAUUCUUAAGGAGCUAGAACGGCGGGUAACACUUUCCUGCUCUGCCUGCCAGACAGGUGUUGAAAAUGUUCAUCGACAACAGCAAGAGGAUCGAGAGCGAAUCCGUGCCCUAGAGAAGCAUAUCAAUGUAAUGGAGCAGCACCAUCAGCAAACUGUGGAACUCCUGCAAAAGGAGUUGACACAUUUACAGAGCUGUUGUGACUCCCUGACAGACCUUGAGAGGAGAGUUAGUGUGUUGGAGAGGAAGGUUAGUUCAAACUCAGAAUCUUACGACAUCUUGCAGAAUCGGCUUGAGAAAGAGCUGAAGGGCACACGAGGAAAUGGAGGCCGAGGAAAAGUCACCGAAGAAAGGCUUAACAGUCGUCUGAAGGACUUGGAGCGAAGGCUCAAUGGAACUAUGAGGAAAGCUGAGCAGAAAUGUACGCUCACUGAGAGCAGCGUGAAGGAGCAAUUCCAAAGAGAAGUUGGUCAAAUACGGAACUCAAUCCACAGUCGCAUGGAUGAGCAUGACCUUAGAAUUUCCGGCAAUGAGGUUGAUAUCCGAAAUCUGAAGGACACUGUCAGUGACCACAAUGAUCUUUUGAUUCAGUUGAAGAAUACAACAUCCGCCAUAGACAGCUCGUUAACGUCAAUGAUGGACCUGUGCACUGAAACCUGUGGUCCAAACGGAAAAGGAAGAGAAACAGAGGAUUCUCUGAAAACUCUUCAGUGGCAAGUCAUCUCAAACCAAGAUGAGAUUAAGAGGUUUGACACACGACUGAAUGACCUCUCUUUGUCGGGAGACUCUGUGAUGGACCGGAUUACAGACCUCAGCAGUGACAUCAGCAAAAUCAAGGCUUGGACGAGGGAAAAUGGUGAAAACCUCAACAAAAUUGUUUCAGAAGUUGAAAUUCUGGGGAGCGAUUGUGGUGUUUGCAGUUCUUUUGAGGAUGAGCUGCAUACGUUGAGAAACACAACUAAUGAUGUCAUUAACAGAUGGCAAGGGGAGAUCACAGUGUUGCACAACAGAAUUGACUCUGAUGAAACUGUCUGCUCCCAGGUAUGUUCAAACCUGCAGGAGGAAGUGGGAAAGCUUAAAGAGGAUGUUGAAAAAUGCAAGGGACAAUGCACAGUCAGUUCGGAGGAGCACAAGAAGCAUAUUAAUGACCAACGUGCCAUCACCAGCACAUUGGGCAGGGACCUCAAGUCACUCCAAGGUGAGCUCUCAGGAGUGAUCGGGACCUUCACUGCCAUCAGCGACACUCUGAAGGGCCUUAAUCGGACAGUUCAACGCCAUAACAAUGCCAUUGUAGAUCUUGGCUCCACAAAGGAUAGAUUCUUCACUGAGCUUGAUAAGCUCCAACGGGAAUUGGAUGAACAUGUGGAGGAUAGCAGGGGGACCUUUGACAGAGUAAGCGAGGAGUUCCACCACUUUAAUAGUAGUGUCAUGGUUGAGAUAAGUGAAUGCAAGCACUCUGGUGAUGGGCUGCAGAAGAGGCUGUCUAAAAUGGAGGGUAUCUGUGGUCGUUUAGACUCGAUGUCGGAGAGCCUAGAGAGGAUCAAAGAUGCUUUGGGCAGACAUGUCUCAGGACUCUGGAACUGUGUCAAUGGGCUAAAUGCAACUGUCAUUUCCCAAGGCGAGGCCAUUGAAAGCAUCCAGAGCACACACUUGGAGAAUAUCCAUGGCAAGAUGAACAGCCUUAACUCAUCCAUAAUAGAAGUGCUUAAAGAAUUUCAGACCUUCACUGAACAAGACUUUGUUGGACCUCCAGGGGAGCCUGGCCCACGGGGAGAAAGGGGCUAUUCCGGCCUCCCUGGGCCAAGGGGACCUCCUGGCAAAGACGGACCCCAAGGCAAACAAGGCAAAGAGGGGCCAGUUGGACCUCCAGGCCUGCGGGGUGAAGAAGGUCCUCCAGGUGAAGAUGCCAAAGUACCAAGGCUGUCCUUCUCAGCUGCACUUACAAAACCACAGGUCACUGCUGGCACCAUCAUCUUUGAUAAGGUCUUUGUUAACGAGGGACAGUUCUACAAUCCAAGAACAGGCAUGUUCACAGCACCAGUGAAUGGGCGGUACUUCUUCAGUGCUGUCCUGACAGGUCAUAAGAACGUGAAAAUUGAAGCAGUCUUGUCCAAGUCCAAUUUAGGCAUUGCCCGUGGAGACUCAGCUGGCUACCAACCCGAGGGCCUUGAGAAGCCUACGGCAGAUGCCAGGCACACACCUGGAUCUGUGGCAGUCUUCAACAUCAUACUUCCCCUUGAGGAAGGAGACAUCGUCUGCAUUGAUCUGGUCACAGGCAAACUAGCCCACUCCAUAGAACCCCUGACCAUAUUCAGUGGUAUGCUGCUCUAUGAAGACGUCGAUGCAAUUAUAUAGACAGAACACACAAAAACUCCAUUGCUGAGGAGAAACGAUGUUAUAGUAGUCAUGAUUCAUCUUUAGGGGAAACUUUGAUAGAAUCUUGUUAUCAUCUGGGUUGUUUGAAGUAUGCUGAGUGUUAAAUAUGAAAAUUUAUUUGCAGAGAAAAUAUUUUCUUACAAGUUGCUAUUUAGAUUUGUAUGAUACAACAUGUAUAUGUUAAAUCCAGAUCAUAUUUGUUACUGUGGAUAACAAUGGUACAACAUUUGGAAAGGAAGAUGAGUAUCCAAUUUUGUCGAGGCAACAAAUUUUUUAACCUUAAAUUGAUGUUUGGGAUCAGUCUGAUGAUUUUGAAAUAGUUCACCGCUUUGAAAAAGCUUUUAGUUACGUACAUCAGAAAAAGAGUGUGUUUUUUUUUUUUUUUUAAUUAAUUUGCUGCGCUA